CACAGUUUUAGGAGAACUUCACUCAGUCGUCCAUCCCUAUGUGGAGAGGAGUCAAAUCUUUCCUCUUUCAGUCCGACAGCAUCAACAGCAGGCUUCUACCUUUAAAAUCUCAGAGCAGAUCUAAACUUCAAUCAGACGAUGAGGAGCAGUGUGGGGCUAUGUGUGCUGGGCCUGCUGUGCCUCCACAGAUCAGUCUUUGGGCAGGCAUUGGAUGUUCAGCCCGGCGUCCUGAUCUUCUGUGACGACGCAUCUGUGGAGACGGCCGUCAACAGCGCUGUGAACAAGUUCAACGAGAGGUUGAGCACCGGACACAAGCUGGCCCUCUUUCAGAUACUAACAGCUAGUAAGUCAGAGAAUGGCUCCGACUCGGUGUACUCACUAAAGUUCACCGGUAGGAGGAGUGACUGUCAAGCUGGGAGCAGCAAACCCUGGAGAGACUGCGACUAUCUAUCUUAUGGACACAAGGAGCCGUUUUCAUGCAGUGCCACUGUCUACAUGACAGAGACUGAUGCAGACACUAAGCAGGUGGAUUGCCUGCACAACGAUGCCGUCAUUCCAGAUAAAGCGGCCUGUUUGGGCUGCCCUGUGGAGAUCGAUGGGAACGCAGAUGACCUUAAGACGCCUCUACUUUUCUCCAUCUCCAAGUAUAACUCCAUGUCCGACUCUACUCACUUGUUCAACCUGCACAGAGUCGGCUACGCCACUAGACAGGUGGUUGCCGGUUUCAGGUACAAGCUGAGGUUUGAUAUGAAGAGGACUACCUGCGCCAAGGCUGAACACAAAGACAUCAAUGAUCUGUGUGUCCCUGAUGAUGAGAAUAUGGAGUUCGCUAACUGUAACUCCACAGUGGAUGUAGCACCAUGGAGAUUCGAAUCCCCACAGGCCCAUAUAAAUUGCGAAGCAGGGCUACUUUCUCCCUCGUUGUUCACCAGGCGUCGUCCCGCUGGCUGGUCUCCACUCAGGAACAUUCUGUUUGAAGUUACCUCCUCCUCCACAUCUCCACCUCCAUCUUCAGUGCCGCCCACCAAAGCUUCAGUCAAAAAAGAAUCCUCUGAGGAGGACACCACAGCCUCCAAGCUGACGACCCCUCCAGAUGUGGCCUCAGAAGAUGUGAUUGCCAGCCUCUUCCACUGCCCAUCCAAGCCCUGGAAACCUUUCAAUCCGGUCGAUUCUGCAGCUCCUACGAAGGCGGCCACAGAGGAGGCCCCCCUACCGCCCUCAGCAGACGGGACCUUCAUGGAUACAGACCUGAUUGCAUAAAUGUAUCCUAAAGGGAACCACAUUUACAUUCAAAAUAAUCUCACUUGCCAAACUCUCUCAACCGAUGUAUUUUGUUUAUUUUGUAGACCUCUCUUAUACUAGGUUGCAUUGUUUUUGGAGGAGACGUCAGGGGUGUAAUGCAGAUUUAAAACACAAAAGGGUUAAGUUAAUAAAAUAACCAGUUAAGUGAUAAAACCUAUUUUCUUUUUGGUCCUGUAACUCCUCGGAAAGCACUGGAAAAAAGGACUGAAAUGAUUACAGAGCUCUAGACUGUUAGCAAAUGAAUUGCUGUUUGAGGGAAAACUGGUGUCAGUGUCUUUUGAGUAAAUUUGAAGUAAUGAGUGAUAUAGUCGUUUUGGUUCAUAAGAGAGGUGAAAGAAUUGAAAAAAGUACAUUGGAAAUCUGUCAUUCUCAAAAUGGAAACAAACAAUCCAAAAUAAAAUAUAGCUAUGUUA